AUGGAGCUAAGACACAGGAAACGAGCCCGAGGCCCUCCAAUUCAACCCUUUAUCUCGCAGAAUUCAGCUCCCCGGCCUCAGAUGUACAACCCUCAGCUGUCGACCCAGGCCAGGCCUGGUCGCAGGCCUAGAAUCCUGCUGCUCCAGACUCACCGGCCCCUGCCAGACAGGCUGGAUCCCACCGGGCCGGCAGUGCCUGGUCGCCCUAGCAACCAUGUCGCACUCGGCGCUGAAUUACGGCUUCCGUCCCUCCAGGCCACGGAGCUGGCGGCCCAGGGGGAAUCGCAGAGUCCAGAAAAUCUGUCCCGCAGCCCUGUGUCAACUCCUGAAGUAUUUAAGAUAAACUUUAUAUUUCCAAAUGGAGACAAGUAUGAUGGGGACUGUACAAGAACAUCUUCUGGAGUCAUUGAGAGAAAUGGAAUAGGUAUUCAUACCACUCCGAAUGGGAUUGUCUACACAGGAAGCUGGAAAAAUGACAAGAUGAAUGGUUAUGGAAAACUUGAGCAUUUUUCAGGAGCAGUAUAUGAAGGACACUUUAAGGACAAUAUGUUUCAUGGACUGGGAACUUAUAUAUUCCCAACUGGGGCAAAGUACACUGGAAAUUUCAAUGAAAACAGGGUGGAAGGCGAAGGACAAUAUACUGAUAUCCAAGGACUAGAAUGGUGUGGUAACUUUCAUUUCACAGCUGCUCCAGGCCUGAGGCUAAAGCUCCAUAUGUAGAUAGCCUGCAUUAAAGUUUUAAUGUGGUAAUUGCAGCUUUUACUUGUAAGGAAAACAACUAAAUCUGUCAUCUGAAAUAACUUCAUACACUAUCUAGUUACUUUUGCCAAUAAAACCAUCAGUCAUUUA